UAUGGUGAAAACUUUGCUAAAUGCUAAAAAGGUUGUUUAUACAAAAAUUGGAUUUUAUAAUAAACCAGAUUGGCACUCAAUAUUUGUUCCCGAGAAUGAAGAAAAUUAUAAGAAAACAAUAAUGGAUCCAUUAGUCAAUUUUAUAAAUUCGUUUAGUAUUAGUGGUAUUGUCAUUUAUUUUAGAUAUAUUCAUUUGGACAAAACAGUUUCUCCCAAAGACUACACUUCAUUUGUCAAUCGAUUGAAACAAGAAGUAAAACAUAAAAUUAAAGUUGGUUUAGUCAUACAUGGAGCGUUCUAUCAACAGUAUUCAAAUACUUCGAGUUUUGAUUUUACAAUAACAAAUGAAGCGUUGGAUAUGUAUUAUAUUAUAUUUACAUAUAUAAACUUUUGUAAUUCAGUCACUAAGAAAUGUGGUGUGGCUCCAAUAAAAAGCCCAAAUCCUAAUAUUACGUCUAUGGAAAUAAUAACUUCUGCUGUAACUAAUUCAACAAUGGAUAAGACGAAAAUUUACGCGGUGCUUCAGUGUACUGUAAGAAUUACAAGAGGUCAACCGUUAGUAUUGAAGAAGAUUAUUACUACGUAUUCAACGUAUUGUAGCAUCAAUACAACAAAUUCAUCUCUCUGGUGUGCGAGCCCUUCUCAGCUUUCAUAUGAUCAAGCGGCUUACUCAAAAAAAAACUUUAAAGGGAUCUACUUAGAGGUUCUUGAUGGAGAUGAUUUCAAUUCCAGUUGUGGUUGUGGACAAUUUCCAGUAACAAAAGCAUAUAUUAGUGGGUGGAAAUCAACUAAGCUCACACCAUGUUCUAGAUUUGGUGAAAUAGAAAAAACAAACACAUGAUAAAUAAAAUUGUAAUUAUUACACAAUGCAAUAACAAUUAAUCAUAGAUUUUUA